CAAUCCCCAUGACUGUUGGCUCUUCGUCCAGCCUCUGCCGAAAGAUAAAAUGCCAUGAGACACAUUUCCAACCAUACAAUGCUUGCUGAACCGUUGAUUCGGUAUUUGUUCCGACAAAGCUGACACACGGGUCGGAAAUCCACCAGGCAUCGGCAGCUGAGUUAAAGAAUGCCUAUCAAAAGAUAUAAACAUAGUAAAUAAAAUGAAAACAAAAAAAAAAGGCGAAAAUGAAUUCUUAUAAUGGAUUCGUAUGAGAACUAACACAGCGAGAAAUGUCUAAGUCACGUGCUUUGAACUUCCAAAGUCACGUGCCGAGCUCCAACCGCCAAGACCGAGAAUCCGGGCUCAUCUCUUCAACGACUACCAGCUGCUGUUGUCGCGUCCCUCAUCAGCAAUUGCAUCAAUUCAGCUGCUCAACAAAAUGAACUCCUUCCGUUUCGCUCGGGCAGCUCUCCGGGCUCGCCCUACAAUGAUGCGUCAGCCUCUGCAGCGAAGAGGCUACGCCGAGGCCGUCUCGGACAAGAUCAAGCUGACCUUGGCUCUCCCUCACCAGUCCAUCUACAAGUCUCUCGAUGUUGUGCAAGUCAACAUCCCGGCCGAGUCUGGUGAAAUGGGUGUCCUCGCCAACCACGUCCCCUCUAUCGAGCAGUUGAAGCCCGGUCUCGUUGAGAUUAUCGAAGAGAGCGGUGGCAGCAAGCAAUUCUUCCUGUCUGGCGGAUUCGCCAUUGUCCAGCCCAACUCGCAGCUGAGCAUCAAUGCUGUUGAGGGAUUCCCCCUUGAGGAGUUCAGCUCUGAAGCUGUCCGGUCGCAGAUCGCGGAGGCCCAGAAGAUUGCCGGCGGUAGCGGUAGCGAGCAGGACAUUGCCGAGGCCAAGAUUGAGCUUGAGGUUCUCGAGAGCCUUCAAGCUGCCCUCAAAUAAAUAGCUGGCAGCAUUGGGUCGAGCGUAAGGCGAGUGUGGUAGAGAAUUGUGUAUUGUAUAGACGAAUACGAUUCUGCACGUCCGUUUCAGCAUGGAGACAAGUUCAAUAAACACGAUCUUGAACGUGAAAGUCCGACACAUUUCUCUUUUACUCGUAUUCCCGCAUUUUGCGCCUAUCAAAUUGGCGCAUGAUAUUUGGACGCUGAAGCCAAGGCCGGCUCUUGCCAGAUCUUCCAUCUCGUAAAGUCUUUGGCACUUAAUUGUUGACUUCAAUUAAUGCCAAAAAGCGCCUGACCAUCCGAUUUCCCCAAGACUUUUACCUUCUAAUCUACGUCAACAGGGGUUUGCCAAGAAUGUUCCACGUAUGGCAGCAAUUAGUGACGUCUCUUUAUCCAUACUUGAUAGAUCAUUGAUGUUCACCAGAAGCA